UGCUGCUGUUGCGUUAGGAGGUGACGGCGCUCUCUCGCUGUUUGUCGGGCAGAGGGGAACUUCACGGCGGCUACGGGUGUGGCUUCAAACGUGAUAAAUCUCAACGCGGGGGAAAGAAUGCGCAGCGGCUACAGGGAUUAAAACCAGAAUAUAUAGACAUAAAACAGCAGAGAUAAACAUCCUGUGAAAAGUGGUGUGUGUGUGUGUCCGGUAGCCUAACAGGCAGCAGGGAUCCGUGUGCUCGCUUUUCAACAGCUGGAAUACUUUUUUUCUUUUUUUUUUUUUCUGGCUUGUGCUGAACUUCGUGGCCCGUUUUCGCGUGUUUAACCUGCUCUGAUGGUCUGAUGUCGGAAAUACCGAAUUAACUAAAAGUCAAUCGUCCUUAAAAAAAAAAAAAAAAAGUUGCUCAAGCUGGGGUUUCGUUUUUCUUUUUCUCGGACAACUUCAACUCCAAGCUCAUAAGAAACCGCACCGAUGCUGAACUACUGACUGAACAACCGACGAGUGUUUGGGAAUUUCGUACAUUAGAAAUCUCAAGUUCACCUCGCAGAAGGAAAUCGUGUGUUUUAAUGAUUUUCGUUCCCUGUCGCGGAUGAACGGAAUCCGUCACGUUCGUCGCCACUCUUGAAAUAAAAAAAGGGAAGUCGCCUCACUGACUCAACUUCAACCCUUGUUUUAUUAUUAUUUUUUUUUUAAAACAAGGGUCUUCGGACUUAGCCGUCAAAUAUUACUAUUUUUUCCCAGGUGAUAUUUUCCCACUAAAGCAGCAGACCUGAAGCGCGCACUAGGAACCAUGGGUUGUACGGUUAGUCAGGAAGAUAAAGCCGCGGCAGAGAGGUCUAAAAUGAUUGAUAAAAACCUGAGAGAAGAUGGAGAGAAGGCGGCGAGAGAAGUGAAACUGCUUCUUCUGGGUGCUGGAGAGUCAGGGAAGAGCACCAUUGUGAAGCAGAUGAAGAUUAUUCACGAGGAUGGAUACUCAGAAGAUGAGUGCAAGCAGUACAGAGCGGUUGUCUACAGCAACACAAUCCAGUCCAUUAUGGCCAUCAUCAAAGCCAUGGGCAACCUCAAUCUUGACUAUGAGGAACCUGCUAGAGCGGAUGAUGCCCGCCAGCUGUUCGCCCUGUCAGCAGCAGCAGAGGAGCAGGGCAUCCUGCCAGAGGACCUGUCCAACGUCAUCCAGCGACUGUGGGCUGACAACGGCGUCCAGACCUGCUUCACACGGGCCCGGGAGUACCAGCUGAAUGACUCUGCAGCCUACUACCUAAAUGACCUGGAGAGGAUAGCCAAGCCAGAUUACAUCCCCACACAGCAAGACGUGCUGCGGACUCGAGUCAAGACCACUGGCAUUGUGGAAACACAUUUCACCUUCAAGGACCUGCACUUCAAGAUGUUUGAUGUUGGAGGCCAGCGGUCAGAAAGGAAGAAGUGGAUCCACUGCUUCGAGGGAGUCACAGCCAUCAUCUUCUGUGUAGCCAUGAGCGCUUACGACCUGGUCCUGGCUGAGGAUGAGGAGAUGAACCGGAUGCAUGAGAGCAUGAAGCUGUUUGACUCCAUCUGCAACAACAAGUGGUUCACGGAGACGUCCAUCAUCCUGUUCCUCAACAAGAAGGAUCUGUUUGAGGAGAAGAUCGCCCACAGCCCUCUGACCAUCUGCUUCCCUGAGUACACUGGCCCUAACAAGUACGAGGAGGCCCAGGCUUAUAUCCAGACCAAAUUCGAGGACCUGAACAAGAAGAAGGACACCAAGGAAAUCUACACCCACUUCACCUGCGCCACCGACACCAAGAACGUGCAGUUUGUGUUCGAUGCUGUCACUGACGUCAUCAUCAAGAACAACCUGAAGGACUGUGGCCUUUUCUAAAAACACAUCUAAGAAAGAGUCAAGAUUACUUGAACAGUUCUGACGACCAUAAAGAUGGGGGAAGUACACACAUCAUGAAUGACUGCACUGGCCGACCACAGUUUCUGCUUUGAUCUGCUUUUUAUAAAGACACCUAAGAGACUGAAAACUCAACGAGCAUUGCAGAAUAUCAACGAUUUGCUGAUCCAGUUGCUCGUAUUGUUAACUCUCUGGGCUAUGACCACAAAAAAAAAAAAAAUCAACAUUUAUUUUGUAUUUUUGUUCUUGUUUUUUCUUCUUUAUUUUCAAUUACUAGUGGAGGCAAAGGAAAACUUUUUUAUAUAAAUGCAUUCAUUUUACUUUUAGAGAUUCUGAUGUGCAAAUUAUUAAACUUUUAAUCACAUGAAGCUUAUUUUUUAAGAGACGAAGCACAGGCAUAGACAGAAAAUAUGAUUGAUAAAGGAAAGUGCUUUUUUUUUUUUUUAUAAUGUUUACAUAAGUUCAUCAUUCAUAGCCAAACUGCAUAUUCUUCUGCAUGACUUAAUGUGGCAAAUAUUAGCUCUGUAAUCUGCACAAAUUAUCUAACAUUCCUACAAAACAAAAAAAAUUAAAAAAUUAAAAAAUGGUAAAAAAAAAAAAAAAAAAA